GAAACCAACAGUAUAUAUCUUUGAAAUCAGUAGUUGUUCCGAUUCUUCCUCGAUCAUGGUCCCUUUACUUUACCUAGUGGUGUUCUUAGCCCUCACUGGUCAUUCAAGUGCCACUUACUGUUUGUGCAAAGAUGGAGUGAGUGAGCAGGUGCUUCAGAAAACACUGGAUUAUGCGUGUGGAGCAGGAGCUGAUUGUUCUCCGAUUAAUCAGAAUGGUGCUUGUUAUAAUCCCAACACUGUGAAAGAUCACUGCAAUUAUGCAGUCAAUAGUUAUUUCCAGAAGAAAGGUCAAGCUCAAGGGAGCUGUGAUUUUUCUGGCACUGUCACUGUUAGUGCAAAUCCUCCUCCAAAUGUGCCUUCUUCUUGCAGUUUUCCUUCAAGUAGCUCAAGCUCGACACCAACAACGCCGACCAUGGGUACUCCUCCGACAACUCCGAGCAUGGGUACUCCUCCGACAACGCCGACCAUGGGUACUCCUCCGACAACUCCGACCAUGGGUACUCCUCCAACAAAUCCAACCCCGUGUACUCCGACAACGCCGAGCACGGGGACAAACAGCGGCUCGACCAACGAGACUCCGGUAUUCGUUGGUGGUGGCAGCUCCACGCUGGGACCAACGGGGACAACCACAGGAUUCGCUGAUCCCAAUCGUGCUGUAUCUCUCUUCACAAGCACCAUCAACAUUCUCUUCACUUCUGCCAUCACACUUUGGAUUGUUGUAGGCUGCUCUUGGAUCUGAGGAGGCAGCAUCAACAUUCAUGCAUGUGUAUGUAUGCAUGUUA